GUUCAAUACAACUCUAAAGAAAAGUGCUAGUAGCAAAAGUGGAAAAGAAUUAUAAAAUUGUUCUUUUUUUAGGAAAACUUCGAUAGAAAAAGUCACAGCAUUAUUAGAUUUAAGAAGAUUUAACACCGGGAUGACGAUUUCGUCAUAAAACAAACACACCGAUUUACUCGUGGACACACACUCUCACACUGAAAAAUCGUCAUCAUCGGAUUUUGUUCAGGGAUUCAGGCGGGGGGAAUACACACAUUUCACGUACACGCAUACAUGCGAACACAUUCUCAUUUGUCCAAUUCUUGAGAUUCUUUAAGCUUAGAUAUAUGUAUAUAGAUGAUAAGUUUUUAAAUUUUCCUAUUUUGUAUUUUACCUUAAUUGCAUUGUAUUCUAUUACAACAUAAAACACACGAACAAACCCCAUUAAAAAAAAAUCAACAACAAAUAUGAUCAACAUUCAGACUAUAGAAAAUGUGGCGGACUGCACACCGCUGUAUCUGCCGCAUAGCUUGUAUCUCAAGCCACUGGCCAAAAUGCAGAUUUCAGUUGCAUUACCCGAAAAAAUCAAAACGGGCAAAUCGGUAUCAAAUCUGGAGAUAAUGGACAAACUUAGUGCUGAACUUAAACCGGACAAAUUUCUGGUGUUAAAAGUCUCCAAGAGCACCGUCAAUUAUAUACGCUUCGAGGCAGAGUUGGAUGAGCGGAAACGUUUGCGUUUGGCCGUGGAGCGUCUCGAUGGAGUCACGUUGCGGCUUUCCGGAUUCAAUGAUGCCGCUUUUCGAGUGCGUUGCACGGAGGCGAAAGAUGAGUUCCCGACUCGCCACGAUUGGGACUCGUACUUUCGCGAUGCCCGCAAUAUGGAUGAAAUGAAGGCGGGCGAGCGUCCCGAUACCAUUCACAUGACCCAUUUGCCCAUACGCUGGUUCUGUCCACGUCACGCCGAGCACGAUGAGCAGGUCAAGCCGAGCGAGAGCAUAUUCAAGCGCAUCUUCGAGAAGUUCGGACGUGUUCGUGCCGUCGAUAUACCCAUUUGUGAUCCGUACAGAAAGAGCAUGCAGUCGGAGAUCAGCGGCAUGCGCACCUUUAGCUUCGAACAAGAUGUGCUCUUUGAGGCCUAUGUACAGUUCGAGGAAUACUCGAGCUUUGUGAGGGCCAUGGAUGAGUUCAGGAGCACUAAACUGGUGCGCAAGUUUGUGGACAAGACGCAGGCCAUCAACAUCAAUGUCAAUUUCGACAAACAGAAGCAUCUUAGCGACUCGCAUGUGCAACGACGCGAUCGCAUGAGGAAACGCUGCGUUGCCAAGGCCCAGGCAGAGGACGAGGCACGAGAGCAGGAGAAGAAGAAACAGGCCGAACAGGUGGAACGCGAAAGGCAAAAGCAAGAUCAAUUGAGAUUGGCCGAAUUGGAGAAACAACGUGAACGCGAGGAGAAGCGCAAAGAGAAGCAUCUGAAAAAGAUACAGGAACGUGGUCAGGUGGAGAUCUCGCAAAAGAUUCGCAUCGAGGAGCGUAAACUGAUGAUAGCACAACGUAAGCUGGAGAGCAUACGCAUCCUGGAGCAAGUCUUUGAGCGGAUACAGGUCAAGCAAAAGGAGAAAUCCCAUCGUGCCUAUCAUGAUGAAUCCAAGGACUUGCAGCGUGGUCGUUUGGUUGAGAAAUACAAGUCGGCCACAGAGAAACUUGUUUGCGAUCAGCGUAAGAUUGUGCAGGAAAUCAAGAGCAAUACUCCACUCCUGGGUCUCCUCAAGAGCAAGUCCAAGAAGAGUGGAGCCAUUGCAGCCAGCAGCGAGGAGGAUGACACACUGUCCACAUCCAACAAGAAGCACAAGUUGAAUGGCAACAUUACUGAAUCGAAAGUACCUGCAAAAGCUGAAGCUGCUCCAUCAGCCAAUGCCGUUGCAGUGCUGAAUCCUUUCAAGGCUGUUACCGCUGCCCUGGCCGCUGGUGCUGUCCCAGGAACAGCAUACAGUGCUGAGGCAGCCAGCGAAUGGAUGCAAUCAUUGUCGAUGCUUGGUUACGGCAUGCCAACUGUUUUUCCCGGUGCAGCAAUUUACCGCGCACCGGGACCACCGCCCUUCCCUGUAUCUAGCAAUUAUCGCGGCUUUGCACCGCGUCCACGCGGUCGUGGACGAGGCAGAGGGAUUCGCGGCAAUCGUUCUGGCUACGAUGGGCGCUCCUCAUCCUACUACAAUCCCAAGCACUACGACGACGAUGAGGGCAAUGGUUACCAUCACAAGUCUUCACGCGGCAGAAAUCGUUCCCGGUCUAGCUCCUACUCACGCAGUCGCAGUCGCUCACGUGGUCGACGUCUUAUUUGUCGUUCUAGGCGUUCUCGUUCCCGAUCACGAUCCCGAAGCAAGAGUCGCAGUCGCAGUCGCUCAAACUAUCGCAAGUCAUCCUACUCAUCGCGCUCCAGACGCAGCCACAGUCGCUCCCAUUCACGUAGUCGCAGCGGAACGCCGGCGCAGCGAAAGAACCGCAAGUUGGCGUCCACUCGUCGGUCACGUUCCAUUAGAUAUUCCCGCUCGCGUUCCCGAACUCGCUCCAAGCGCUCCAACUCACGUCGGGAGCGGCGCAGUCGCAGCCGAAGUCGCAGUCGAAGCCGCAGUCGCAGCAAUUCAUCUAAGCGCGUUGUCCUUGAAGCGGAUAAACUGGUGGCCUCCGCAGAGAAAAUACAACGUACAAUUGAGCAGCAUACAAAAGAUCGGAUGCGCGAAGAAGUGCGAGAGAUCAAACAGAACUUCCGACAUCAACGACAGAACUCACAUACGCUGUACGAUAGCUACAUGGAGGCGGAUGGCGAUGUUAAUGUGGAUGCGGAUGCCAAAAGGACUCCGGAUGGGAGUGUGAAAUCAAACGAUGAACGUGAAGACAGCAGACAUGGCAGCAGCAAGCGGAGCAGUCGCCGUAAUUCUCUAGCAGCAUAGCAUAUUCAACUUAAUUUAAAUGUUUAUAGUUUUAACACAAUUUUAAAAUAA